AUGGCAGCCAAAAAGAAGAAAUUAACUGAUGCUUCCACAUCCUCUCGACUUUCCACAGGAACCAUCCCACUAUAUGCAUUGAAGGCAAAACACCAAUCAUCACUUGGAAAGAAAGGUACGGAAGACUCUCUACUAAAUAGAUGGAAACACUGAUACUAAAACGCAGUCGCAGACCAGAUUGUCAAGCGCCAAGAAGAUGAAGAAAUUCCACGUACUUGGCCCCUCCAACCACCUAUGAUCGGAGAUUGUAGUGGAGAGAAAUGCUCUGGAUGGGAUUCGAAUGAUAAUAAGUCGAAUGAAGACGAGAAGCGAGCGGAAAUCUCAAGGAAAGCAAAGUUGAAGAAAGAGAAUUCUCAAGCGUCGGCGGUCAUGAUAUCAGCGCGUGAAAAGGAAAUAGCCACAGUUCACAAUCGACAGUUAGAUUUUCCUCUAGCAAUUGUUAGGUUAGUUACCGAAGUCUGGCGUCAAUUCGGAAACUGCAAAGUCUGUCACAAUGGUUUCUAGUAAUUCAACAGAGCAAGAUGUCGAUGAAGGCAUCAAGGUAAUUGAUUCGAUGAUCAUCGAAGAUUCGUGCGUCGCAUCCACCUCUCAACCAUUAGGUGUCGUCAGCGAAAUUUUCGUCAGCAAGCCAACGGUACUAGAAACAGAAUCAAGUAUUAAAUUGGUCGAAAAAAUCGCUCGACAAGAACGUGAUCUGAAGUCCGCGGAGACGCAAGACGGUUCUCUGCGUGCCGUGAUCGAAACUUUGGAUCAUAAACAUAGGUUGGAGAUGCAAAAGCAAAUGAACCAGCUCAGUGAAAACUAUCAAAAAGAAAUGGAUGCCAUGAAAUUGGAUCUCAAGGAGGCAGAAGCGGCACGCCAAAAAGCUUCAACAGAUUUGCGCAAGGCGAAGGAGAAGAAUUCUGCGGUUCGAACGGAGAGGAGAGAGCUUGGUUUAAAGUUGGCGGCAGUGAGCGAAGAAGUCGCGGCGGGGCUUACGGUAAACAUCUCGACGUUGGAGUUCGAAGAGAGUGUUGCAUUUACAGUGGGAAUGCGUUUCUCCGAUAAAAUAAACAAAUCAAGACAAGUGACUAAAGCCACUGAACUCAGCCUGCAGGCGGAAAGAAUGCAUAAUGCAACGUUACAACACUAAGUUACGAACUUGAGAAGUGAGAAUAGCGGUAUUAGACAGCAGCAAUCUCAGUCAGCCUCAACUUCUCGACCCCUACAAGACCUCGAGCAAAAGUACGAUAGUCUCAAGGAUAAUUAUUACACUCUUGAGGACAAGUAUAAUGAGCUCGACGAUGAUGCUGCUGGAUACUGCAGUGAGCUUCAAAAGUACAAACGAUAUGCGGAAAGCUGCAGGAGGAAGCGGGAGACCAUUAAGAUCGAAUUGGAGCGUGUUGAGAAAAGACUCAACGACAUGACCACAAAAAAUAUGAAUGAGCUUCACAGCCGAGAAUCCAUAAGCCAAAUUUACCAGAAAUUGAGAAAUGCCUAUGAUCUUAGGGAGCCAUUGGUCAAGAUAGGAGUAGACAUACGCUGGCGUUUUCUAGACCAAGCUCGAGAGAUAGCCCUCAAUAUUCCCCGAGACGAGGCAGAUAUGGCGCUGAGAACUAAUGGCAACAUUGCUGCGCAUAGGGAUAAUGCCGCUGACGAAGGUGCACCUUUCAAAUGCAAUCUAGUUCCGAAGGAGUACGAGGACAAGGCCGAGAAGACAUCCAGAAGCUAUACAAACAGAAGUCAAGAGAGCACCCCGUCUGGACUGGAAUUGUGGAAAGUCAGAUGGACUGUGGAGCAACAAUAA